GCUUCCAGCACUGCCUCUCUCGCCGCUCCACCAACUUGUCACCAAAGAUGGCGAUUUGCUGAGUGCUCAUGGAUACACACAUUUGUCGGCUAGCUCUUAUCUUACCCGAAACGCCAACUUUAAAAACAAACUAACUGCUAAGCGAGAGCAACUAUUUCUCCAUUGGAAGGAAAUCUGACAGAACGUCAGCCAUCGCUACCAUGCAGAUCACGCUGAAAACACUGCAGCAGCAGACUAUUCAGAUUGAGAUAGACCCCGAACAAACGAAAUGUAGCUGAGCUGCUUUGAAUGAGGAAGACCCCCACGGUAAAUCUGGAGGAGCAGCAGAGAUCCAAAGCUCAGGCUGGAGAAUCUGUUGACAGGACCAUUAAUCUCGGACCACCUUUCUGUUAAGGCCUUGAAGGAGAAGAUCGAGGCUGAACGGGGAAAGGACAACUUCCCUGUUUCUGGGCAGAAGCUGAUUUAUGCUGGAAAAAUCUUGCAAGAUGACACACCCAUUAAAGACUACAAAAUCGACGAGAAGAAUUUUGUUGUAGUGAUGGUGUCCAAGGCUAAGGCUGCAGCUCCAGCCUCACCACCAGUCUCAGAAGCCCCCAAGCCCCCUGUACAAGACUCUGGCUCCACUUCAACACCCGCCACAGCUACAAACCCUGCUCCAGCCCCGGCCUUAGUCCCGGCCCCUGCAGCUGUCCCCAUUUCCUCAGAGGAGGCCAAACCGGAGCCAAAUACCGCUGCCACAGAACCACAACAGCCAGCCAGCUCCAGUGGUGGGAGCCAAGGCCUGGAUGCCUCCUCAACGCUCGUGACUGGAGCCGAGUAUGAGGCCAUGCUGACGGAGAUCAUGUCUAUGGGCUAUGAAAGGGAGCGGGUUGUAGCUGCACUACGGGCCAGUUUUAACAACCCUCACAGAGCUGUGGAGUACCUCCUUACUGGUAUCCCCAGCAGCCCAGUUCAGGAGAGUAAUCCACCGGCCCAGGCUCCCACAUCUGGCCCCACAGAAUCUCCAUCUCUAGCAGAAGGAGAGAACCCCCUUGCAUUCCUGAGAACCCAGCCCCAGUUCCUGCACAUGAGACAGGCGAUCCAGCAGAACCCUGCUCUGCUCCCAGCCCUGCUCCAGCAACUAGGUCGGGAGAAUCCCCAACUUUUACAGCAAAUCAGCCAACAUCAGGAGCUGUUCAUCCAGAUGUUGAAUGAGCCAGUGGGAGAAGGGGGAGACCCCCCAGAGGUUGGGGAGAUGGGGGCGGCAGGUGAGGAGGGAGCACCUGUCAACUAUAUCCAGGUUACACCACAAGAGAAGGAAGCCAUAGAACGGUUAAAAGCGUUGGGCUUCCCUGAGGCCCUGGUGAUCCAGGCCUACUUCGCCUGCGAGAAGAAUGAGAAUCUGGCAGCCAACUUUCUUCUCAACCAGGGACUGGAAGACGACUGAACGGGAGCAGAGCACUGCCCACCCCCUUGCCCCACCCAUCCCACCGCUCCCCCUUCCUCAGCUCAACAUAAAGACUGCACCCCCGAAUUUUACUGUACAACCUCAGCUCAAGCAGACAGGGGCAGGGUGGGGAGGCUAGGGGCGGGGGAGUACGUGGGGUUGCAUUGGGAUGGAGUGAAAGGUUGUGUGCAGGAAGGUCAGAUUAUGGGAGUUGGGGGGGGUGGGGGAUGAAGGAAGUGUGGACAAAUAAUGAAAUCCACGUGAAUUCCAAUGGAAUAAGUGGGGUGAGUUUAGGGGAGAUCUAUAAUUUGAUUUUAGAUGCGCUUUGUGAACAUUAGGGAGGGGAGAGAGAGAGAGAGAGAGGUGGGGGGGACGGGUGUGCGUGCUCGUGUCUGCGUGUGUGAGAGUACGUGUCUGUGUAUGCCUGUGCAAGAUGGAUGCGAUUCACUUAGGCUGAAAAAAAAAAAAAAGUAAUCAAUCGAUCUCGCAUUCUCUAAGUUUGUUAAUGCUGUAGCGCGGCCAUAUGGAAGCACGUUCCCCUCACUGCACUGCGACAACAUCAUCAGCGUGUGUAAACUGCUUUGCGUGUACCUCUGUAAGCCUCAUGUGCAUAUGUCCAUGAAUGAAAUUAGAAGUGAUGGACUGGACUGUGCUGCAGCCUUUUUUAUUUUUUCCUGUCUCUGACAUGAUGUCCUCGGGGUCUUUAAGUCAAAAUAGAAACCAAACGUCCAGAAUAGGAUCUUAAUAAUCAGCUCAACGUUCUGCUCCAAUCAUCUGAGCUGGUUGCAAAAGAGUCCACACAAGCUGCGCCCGCCUCUCAAUCAAACAUAAAGCUAUUGUUUUUGUUCAUCACAUGUGGUUCCCAAUGACACUACAUAUUAAAUACUGAUUACAGGAGUUCCUGUUCUACUUAUCUACGACGGCUAUGGUUUAACUCUGAGCGGAUGUUCAUGAAGGCAGCCAUCCAACUUUCACCUCAGAAUAUUUCAUCAGAAAUUCCCUGUAAACAAAACCAUUCAGUGUGUCUCAACUGGGCAUGGGUCGGUAUCAGAUUCUCCGGGUAUAACGUUGGCGAUCAUCAUGAUCGACACCGUUAUAAAAAAAAAAACCUGAAAACAAAAUAUGACCUAAUUCUUAAAAUAAAAAUAGAUGCAAAAAAACACAUUUUUGAUGUGGCUGAGAAGAAUAAAACAUGUAGUUUAUUACAGAUAAAAUGUUACUGUGAACUUUUUAGUUUGAUUUUAAUACAUAAAAAUAAAGAUUAAAAGCUUGGUAAAUCUUACUGUUUAAUAUGUUUGGGAUCUGUUAGAGAUGUUCCACUCAGGCCUUUCCUGGCCUAUUUAAGGUCUGAAAUGCCGAUUUUCUUAUUUCUCUUAAGUAUAGCACACAUAUAACAGAAAGCAAUGGGCUCCAGGCUGUUUGAUAGGAUGGAGGUUUUGAAUCCAGCAGUUAAGGAACUGCAAGACUACCCGUAUUUAUGCCUCCGUUUAUCUGACCUUUACCUAAAGGACUUGAUAUUGGAGAUCUUUGUUGUGAUGAAAUUAUACAGCGUUCAACCUGCUGAUCAAGGAAAAACCAUGAUCUCAGCCCAAUUUAUUUCAUUUAAUAACAAACGUGCCCAUAGUAGCUGGGCAGUUAGCCAGGCUAUCUCAGGGGCUAGCCAGCCUGAAAUCAGCUGAUCUUAGUCUGCAACUGUAGUUAUAAAAUAGCGUUGCCUUAACAAGAGGGAUGGGUGGCACCGUUUAUGAUUCCAUGCCAUCAUCUUCUCAAGCAGCCAUCCUUGAUUCUGUUAACUGGCCCAUGCCCAUUCUGCACACAUUUCUGUAUACAUCUAAAUUAUGAACUGUAUAGUCCACAUAAGAAAGGUUAAGUCUUGUGGCUCAUAAUGCUUUUUAUGCACAGUUUGAUUAGAUUGUUUACAGGACAGUCUUCAGUUGGCAGCUGCUUUAUGGUGAUUAUCAUGAUGAUCUGGGGGAAAACUCUUAAAAAUGAGUUGAUCGAUCAGACUAAUUAAACGAUCUCAGCGCUAAUCAAUGUAAGAUGGUCCUGUUCUAAACUUAACCUUCCUUCAGUAUGUAGACUCUGACAAUUCAAGGUUUAGGACUAACUUCCCGGUGGGAUCUGAUUGGCUGUUUCAUCACUACUGUUUAAAUGCAGUGGUUUAAUGUUUGACCCAGUCCAUUAAUAAGACUGGAACUGUGACCUUGAUCUGGGAUAAAUGCAGCAACAUAGCUUUAGCUCCAACUGGACACAAAGCUAACCCUGUGAAGAUCUCAUUUAAUUUUGUGUACACGAGUUAGUUAUCCUCCAGCGUUUGUUGAAUGAAGGUUUAGAUAACUACAAGAUGACCUGGACCCGAUUUUUCCAUUAAAUGUUAAGGUCUUUAUUGUGUCUGUGAGAAAUGCAGACCUUCAUUUCUGAAAACUAGCCUAGUUAUGGGAUUUCCACUUUGAAGUCACAAUCUGGUCCUGACCUAGCGGUCGGUCAGUGAGUCUGGACAAAUGCCUUUUCAUUUUCAAAACCUGAAAUAUUCAAGCUAACAUAAACUUCUUAUUGAAGAUUUCUAAGCAUGAAGGAUGAGGCCCUGGGUUACCUGUGAGGCAACUGUUUUUUAGUUUUAUUGGGUUCAUGAAUAGAUGCUAACUGUUUAAGGUAACACAAGUGGAUUUUCUCUCUGUGGGUGUGUGUGUGUGUGUGUGUGAAGGCAGUCUUUACUGAUUGUUGUCCUACAGCAUCAACAUGAUCUUAGACUAUGCUGUGCUACAUUAAAUAUCAGCAGUCUUUCAGCUCCCUGA